AUGGAGAAGAAGCAAGGACCUCAUCAGUACGGUUCACUGGAGCGCACGGAAUGGACCAGAGACCGCAACAAACCAGAGGGCGACGUGGUCUCCAUGGCGGACUCCACCAUCACCGUGGACGACAUUGAAGGGGAGCUUUUUAAGAUUGAGAGGAUCAGGGACGUCCUCGUCAGGAGGGAGUCGGAGCUCAGAUACAUGAUGGAUGACAUUCAGCUGUGCAAGGAGAUCACACGUCUGAAGAAGGAGCUGCACAAACUAGUGUCUAUACCAGAUAACGACAAAUCCAACGAGGACCGGCAGAAGGAAGAAGAGCUCCUCCAGCAGAUCCACAAGCUGGUCGAGACCAGAGAUUUCCUGGUGGAUGAUGUGGAGUUCGAGCGGCUCAGGGAGAACGAAGAAGAUAAGGAAAUGGCGGAUUUUCUGAAGUCAAAAUUCCCAAGAAAUAUGAAGAAAACAGGUGCACCAACCAGACGGGUGCCACCCAGGGCUCAGCAGGCCUCUUCACCCUUCACCAAGACGGGCCUCACCCUGCUGAAGGAGUGCUGUGGCUUCACGUGCUCCAUCAUGUAG